GCGUGGAAGUAGGUCGUAGCGUUAGCGUACGAUUAUUUUGAUUGCGAUUUGCUUAUUACUACUGUCUAUGUUCAACAACGUGUUAAUUAGUAAUGACUAUUAUUAAAUUAUAUACAACAGUCUUUAACUGAGUACAAAAAUAUAAAUAAAAAAGUACAAAAUUCCUGUAUUAUGCUCGUGUACUUACGACUGUAUAUAAAGUGUAUUUCAUAGUUAUUCAAUCUAAACAUGACGAGUUUUUUAAAUUUAAACAUGAAACUAUUUUCAGUUCAAAAGGCUGCAAUAUUCUGUGCCCCAGUAAAAAAAUACUUGUUAUCUCAGAUAACAUGUAAUACAUACAGCACAAUAAAUAGAAGCAAAAUAUAUAGUGAUAUAAAUGAUGCUGUAAAGGACAUUAAGGAUGGCUCCAAACUUUUGGUCGGUGGAUUUGGAUUAUGUGGAAUACCCGAGAAUCUUAUAAAAGCAUUGAACAACAAGCCAGUUACACAACUUACUGUUGUAUCAAAUAAUGCAGGUGUUGAUGAUUUUGGAUUAGGUGUAUUACUUAAGAAAAAGCAAAUUAAGAGGAUGAUUGCAUCGUAUGUAGGAGAAAAUGCUGAGUUUGAGAGGCAAUAUUUAAGUGGAGAAUUGGAAGUUGAAUUGACGCCGCAAGGAACGUUAGCUGAAAGGAUAAGAGCUGGUGGGGCAGGUAUACCUGCCUUUUUUACUCCAACCGGUUAUGGUACUCUGAUCCAUGAAGGUGGUGCUCCUAUUAAGUACGCCAAAGAUGGAAAGAUCGACAUAGCGAGCUCUGCUAGAAAUGUCCAACAGUUUAAUGGAAAUAAUUACAUAAUGGAGGAAGCCAUUACAGGCGAUUUUGCACUGGUUAAGGCGUGGAAAGCUGAUAAGUACGGCAAUUUGAUAUUCAGAAAAAGCGCUCGUAACUUCAAUCCAGCCAUUUGCAAAGCUGCAAGAAUUACUAUUGCUGAAGUUGAGGAAAUAGUGGAUGAAAUUGAACCAGAUGCAGUGCAUGUACCCUCAAUAUAUGUACACAGGAUUAUUUUGGGUUCGAAAUUUGAAAAACGCAUUGAAAGAAGGACAACUAGUCAGCCCAAAGAAAGCAAAGGAAAUAAGCCUUCAGAUGCUAUGAGGGAGAGAAUAAUAAGAAGGGCAGCUUUGGAAUUUAAAGAUGGCAUGCAUGCAAACUUAGGCAUUGGGAUGCCGAUGCUUGCUAGCAACUAUGUCCCGAAAAAUGUAAAAAUUCUGUUGCAGUCUGAAAACGGCAUUCUCGGUCUUGGCCCAUUCCCUGACGAUAAGGAAGUCGACGCCGACCUUAUUAACGCUGGCAAGGAAACUGUCACCGUUUUGCCAGGAGCUUCGUUUUUCUCAUCGGAUGACAGUUUCGCGAUGAUAAGGGGCGGACACAUCGAUCUAACGAUACUCGGGGCCAUGCAAGUGUCGCGGUUUGGAGAUUUGGCCAAUUGGAUGAUUCCCGGUAAAAUGGUAAAAGGCAUGGGAGGUGCGAUGGACCUAGUAUCGGCGCCGAGGACCAAAGUAAUAGUGACGAUGGAACACGCUGCAAAAAAUGGUGCCCAUAAAAUACUGCCGGAAUGUUCAUUGCCGUUGACGGGGAAAAACUGUGUUGACAUGAUCAUCACUGAAAAGUGUGUCUUCGAAGUCGACAAGGAGAAGGGUCUCACUUUAACGGAAUUGGCUGAUGGAGUAACCAUGGAAGAUGUUCUAGUUAGCACGGGCUGUGAGUUCAACGUUGCUCCUCAAAUAAAGAAAAUGGGUGAUGUUACGCAAACCGAAAAUGCAUAAAGUUUUUGUUUGAUUUUUAAUGAGAUACCGCCGUGUUUCAGGAUCCUCAAUUCAAUAGAAACGUUAAUACUUUUCAAAAAGUUCAAAUCAGGAAAAGAGAUUUAAUUUAAAUUUCUUUUUGGUCUUAUUUUUUAGCCUACUUUUAUAUUCAAUAACUAAAAUAAUAUAAGUCACGUCAUUUCAGAACGAAAUAUUCGGCUUAUUGUAACAUAAUAUUCCGUUCAGAAAUAAUUCUCAUUGAAGAUACAACAAUAACCUAUACUGGCGACGAACAAUAAAAAAUUGUAUUGUAUACUAUAACAAAACCUUAUAUACCUUUAUUUCCCUGUUACGGUCGUACAGAUAAACAUGUGAGGAUAACCAAGCUUACAAUAACUACCCAGCGACCGAGUGAUAAUUCAUGAAUUUAAAAUUUUAUGUAAAAGUUUUAUGUACAUUUUUUUUUAUGUAAA